AAUUGUUAAAAUUCAGUUUUUCUCUAAUACUGAAUCUAAGUAGUAGUUUUUUAAAUUUUUACAACUGCAAAUACUAAUUUAACCUUCUAUUCGCGACACUUGCACUAAAUUACCAACUGAAACACAACAAUGCCAAGUCAAGCAUCAAACGCUAACUUGAGUUUCAAAAUUAAGCUAUUGUCCAGCAAAAAUGUUGUGCUUGUGGAUUGUCCGGGCUUCGAGAGUGAACUUUUCAUGCCGCAGAUAAUCAAGGGACGGAUCAAUUUUCAAAACAUCAUCCCGAAUCAUCGUUGCUGUGAUGCGGCUGCUGCAAAUGUGGAGACAAACCAACUUAUUUUGCCUGCCUCCAAAUUUGGCGGGACUAGAUGCUUUGCUGGGACGAGCACGCCACAGAGACACAACUAUGAGAUGCAGGUUGACAACAUAUCCGCACCAUUGGCCAGAAGCACCCCAGCGAAUGUUAAGAUUAUUGCCAGGCCCGGCAAGGAAAAUGUACAGGCUUUGACUCCAGAGCAAACGCGAUGUAAACCUACCCAGAAUGUUGCAUCUCCCCUUGAAAUCCCUGGGCAGCACCUUGAGUCAUCUUCCAGUUUGCAACUGCAAUCCAUGGAUCUGCAAUAUCUUAACGUUAGCGACGCCGUAAUGGUCAGUCCGCCACGAAUAUCGCCUAGUUCUAGCCUGAGGCAAUCUGGGAAGUCAAUCGAUUCUGGUCUUUCGAAUUUUAUGCACAAAGCGCCACCAGCUCGAACCUAUUCUCGUCGCAAGUCCGGCACAGCUGCCAAUACUCAGCCAAAGCCGCCAAUAUCUUGGUCACCAGUGCCCAAGAAGAAAAAGUCGUCUAAAGUGUCGUCCACAAAGCCGUUGAGUCCCGCCAUGAAACUGGAGGUGAAACAACGUAAACUAAUUGUGGAUAACAAAAAGUCAAUCGCUUCCAGCAUAUUGCAUAAAGCUCCCACGAAACCGGUUACCAAAACAAAGAUUAGACGCAUGCAGGUCACAGGCAAGACUCGUGCCCAAUUCGAAGCACUCAAGGAUACAGCUUAUGAUCAUCUAACAACGCCGGGACACUGUCAUGUAUCGAGCGCUCUAACCAAGCAAUUUAAGGAAGCCUGCUUGGAUAAGUAUUCGGAAACUCUACCAAACUAUGCGGAGUUGUCGCAAACAGCUCCACUGCAGAUGGAUCGCCAGGUCAAGACAUUGAUGGCCAAGGAAAAACGAUUAGAAAAACAAAUGACGAAAUCACAGAAAGUGAGAAUCGUAAAAUCGAAAAUUAUAACCUAAUUACAGUACUGUAAAACGAUUGGGACCAUGACAUAUUUAAUAAAUAGUCAGAUUAUGUAGUAAAUUUUACCGAAAAGCA